AUGCGUUCAUGGCUUAGUUUUUCUCGUCGCUCAUCUCCUCUUCGUUUCUUGUCUCUCCAGCCUCAUAUAUUCUUGCGAGACCGUUUGUCUUCACGGUACGCUUCGCACGCCGCUGCUGCAAGCAAACUUCCCAUCUCGCCGGAGCCAGCAGUGGAGCAACAUGCGGAUGAAGUAGCGGCCUCGUUCAUGGAGGUCAUGGACCUCAUAAAACAGGACCACAAUGUGAACCAGAGCGCAUGGCUGCGUCAACGUCUACGCGGCAACGACCUUCAAAUACCCUCCCGAUCCAAAGUGGGAGAAAAUGUCAUUCGCUUCCUAUUCGAGCGCAGGUCUUACGAGCAAGCUGGGGCGGUUUACCAACAAAUGAUCGAAGAUGGUCUCCUCCCCUCCCCUUCCACGGAUGCCCUCUUUCUGGCUGUUGCACUCGCUGUGUCCAAGACUUCGAACGAGGAGCAGCUGGAGGGAUUCGAGGCCAUUCUCUCGUACCGGUCGUUCACAGAAGUUCAUCUCAUGGAGCUGCUGAAGCAUAUUGAUACCCUCGAGAUUUCCCCUCGUAUCGCAGCGCGACUCACAAGACUGUUCAUUUCUGUCAAGGCCGAGGGUUACUGGCCCUCGCCCAAUCUCGUCACGAAACUGAUCGAACUGCACACUCGGGCGGGAGAGAUCGACAUGGCUGCCAGGACUAUAGUGGAGUUCGAAUACCAGGGUGGUUCGCGCCCCACCUUCGAGAAUCGGACGCAGCCCUACGCUCAAAUCUUGCGCACGGCGCCGGGAACAAGAUCAGACCAAGAGGCUGUGGAUCGUAUCAUGGGAAUCAUGCAGGAGAAGGAUGUGCCCAUCCACAUCGCUGUGUUCAACUCUCUCAUCGCUCGCGAGAAACUGUUUCGUGGCCUACGCAAAGCUUUUGCGUUUUACAGCGUCAUCAUGCGGCUUGCGAUGACGACUCCGCUCAAGCCCGAUGCAAACACGUACCAGAAUUUGUUCCGAUUGCUCGGAUUCCAGUACAAGAACAAGUAUCGGCAAAAUGCGUCAAGACGGGAUCAGGACAAAGGAAUAGUGGUGCCUCCCCGACUUCUUUUUGCGGACAUGAUGUCCCUGUGCUUCAGCGAACGGUUCCAUCCGCCUCGGUCCGAUAUCCCUUCUGUGGCUCAGCGUCAACUCGAAACCGACCGCAGUCUCUUGCUUAUAGCAUUCCGUACGUUCCUGUACGUUGACGACUAUCCCGCAGCCAUCAUUGCGCUGAGCACUACGAUCGAUCUUGGACUGGGCGUCAACGAGCGGACUUACUUUGUCCUUCUCCGCUAUAUGGCCCGCAAAGUCUACUUUGACAUCUACAUCGCGAGGUUGAAGAAGAAAAACGCCCCACGCUUCGCGCUGGAGCUGAUGGGCCCAUUCGACCACAUGACCCUGGAUCCCAAUCCGCACAAAGCGUAUCGUUGGAUCAUGGAGCGUCUCAUCGAGCAUAACAGCGUGCGCCGAACUGCUGUCGCAACUGUCAUCGCUUCCCAGAGCGGUCGCAUUCCCACCGUCGAUGAGAUUCUCAAUCAACACAACCACGUCUCUGGCGACCAACUAGACGAAUUCCCGCUGAUCAAUAUCCUCCGGCGGGGGAUGCGAGCCCAGAUCGCCCUGCGGCAUUCAGAGAAAGACCAGCCUAAGGGAAAUGACGAGCGGAAACGGGCUGUACGCAAGGUCAAGUACCAAAUGAUCCCCAAAGAUGUGCCACUGUGGACUUGGAAAGGGAAACAUGAAACUACGCGUCAAAGAUCAUACAGAAAAAACCAUUAG